CAUUUGGAACUUAACUGUGUGUGUGUCACUUUCUGGAUCAAGCAUUCUGCAUGGUGACGGGGUGGCUGUUGCCAGGGCAGGAAUCAGGUUGGGGAGGGGAAUCGGGGGGGUGAAAGGGAGUAACCCCCCAUCUGAAACCUUCCCCAUCGCCUUUCUCACCCUGACAGGCCGCAGAAUACGAUCCUCGUUUGCUCCAGUUCGACCUGUGGCCUGCGGAGCCAGGGACAGGAGAUGGCCGUGGCGGAGCCGGUGAGCUUCGAGGAGGUGGCUGUGUAUUUCUCUGAGGAGGAAUGGGCCUUACUGGACCCGGGCCAGAGAGCCCUCUACAGGGACGUGAUGCGGGAGAAUUACGAGGCUGUGAGCUGGCUGGGCGUCUCGGCUUCCAAAGCGGACGUGCUCUCCCGGCUGGCGCGAGGAGAGCGGCUCUGCGUUCCCGAUCUCCGGGGCUGGGAGGAACGGGAGCGUCCGAGAGACCCCCGCGCAGGUGAUGGGUCCGGGCGUCAAGACGAGGAGGAGAAUUCCCAGCAAGAAUGUUCCGAGCGGGUGGACCCCCAAGAGGUGGGGUCUGGACGAGGUGAUGGAGAAGGUUCCCCGAAUCCCGAGGCGGAAGUCGCCUGUGAAAUUCAGCACAGACCAGAAAGGAGGCGGGGGAACCACUCGGGGAAGAGACCCGGCCAAUCCGCACGCAGGAACAGAGGUGUCAAGAAAAUCAGAGCAAGUCUCCAGCAGGGAGGAGGACGCUACUCCGCCGGGAAAGGCUUGGGUCAAAGCUCAGCCCUCGUUCUGCGUCAGAGAAUCCACGCGGGGGAGAAACCCUACAAAUGCAACGAAUGCGGGAAAAGCUUCGGCGUCAGCUCCAAGUUUCUCCUGCACCAGAGGACCCACACGGGCGAGAGGCCCUACGACUGUCCCGUGUGCGGGAAAAGUUUCAGCGUGAGCUCCAACCUGAUCCAACACCAGCGAAUCCACACAGGGGAGAAACCGUACACCUGUCCCGACUGCGGGAAAAGCUUCAAUCAGAGCUCCAACCUCCUGUCCCAUCAGCGGAUCCACACGGGGGAGAAACCCUUCGCCUGUCCCAAGUGUGGGAAAAACUUCAGUCGCAGGUCCACCCUUCUGUCUCAUCAGAGGACCCACACCCAAGAGAAACCAUACAUCUGCCCCGAGUGUGGGAAAACCUUCGGCCACAGCGCCCACCUCACCAGCCACCAGCGAACGCACACGGGGGAGAAACCCUACAAGUGCAGCGAGUGCGGGAAGAGUUUCAGCCAGAGUUCCAACUUGUACACGCACCAGAGGAUCCACGUGGGCGAGAGACUCUAUCCCUGCCCCGACUGCGGAGAAAGCUUCCGCCUGAAGUCCACCCUCGUGACGCACAAGAGGACCCACAUGGCCGAGAAGCCCUUUAAGUGCCCCGAAUGCGGGAAACGUUUCAACGUCGUCACGGCCCUGAAGAGACACCAGCGAAUCCACAGCGGGGAGAGACCCUACAAGUGCCGGGACUGUGGGAAAAGUUUCUGUAGCCGCUCCGCCCUCUGCAACCACCAGAGCACCCACCUGGAGGAGAGGCCGUACCGCUGCGGCGAGUGCAGGAAGAGUUUCAGCCAGAGCUCCAACCUAAUUCAGCACCAGCGAAUCCACACGGGCGAGAGGCCCUACAACUGCCCCGAGUGUGGGAAAAGCUUCAGUCGGAAAUCCACCCUUCUGAAGCACCAGAGAACCCACGUGGCGGGCAGAGACGUGGCCGCGACCUAAACGGAGGAAAGACUCCUCGGAAAGCAAAUGGGGAGACCCCCUUGGAGUGGGCCGUGGGCAGAAGACCUUCAUUAAAGUCCUGUGAAAAGGCGUAGGCCAGUCAGGCGUGUCCUUGUACAGGAGGACCUGCCGUCGCUAUUAAAGGAGAGAGUGAUUCGGCAACAAAAUGGCAAAUGAAAUUUAAUGUGGAUAAGUGUAAAAUAAUGCACAUCGGGAAAAAUAACCCCAGCUAUACGUACAUGAUGGGGGCUAAUUUGGCUACGACAAAUCAGGAA